GGUACAACUACUCGUACGUAUGAUAGGUCGGCUUUACUAUCGAGAUUAGAUCACGAUCUGUUUACGUAAGGAAAUAAAGAAUGGAAAGAGGAGUUCUUAAGAAGCAAGUUGGUUUUAAGCGCGCCCUGUAACCGCUAUAAAUCGGCCGUCCAAAAUUUACGAGGGCCCUCCGCAAAUCGGUUUAUAUUUUCGAUAAAUAAAAUUGGCGCGGGUUUUGCGAGGUAAGCAGAGACCGUUAGGAGCGCGUCGCCGCCGCCAGCUGCCGCGCUCACAUAAACCCGACUACCCUCGCGUUUUCUUGCUGACAAUUUUUUCCUGUCCCGGUCAUUACACAGCUGGGCCCCGAGACAAAACGGCGAAUCGUUUAAGCCCUCUCCGGAGACCGUCCAAUUUUAUUGUGUGUACCUAGUGGAAAUUGAUAUGCCGCGUGAGUGCCUGUCGUCGUGCCGCGCCUUCGAUGGACGCACCGGCUCGCCGGCCCAUUUGCCGCCUCGCAAAACUUUGUCUAAUAAAACAAACACAUUUUCUACUACACUAAUAAUUUGUGUCUGUGAUGUAGCUUAGAUUCCUAUAACAAACAUAAUCUCCGACCUCCUAGUAUUAUAUUCUUUGCCGCCGAAUGCGUAGUCAAUGAAACCUCUUUCAAGCGCAGAGGGAAUCUUAGGCAAAUUUGAUUUAAAGACAGUUGUUGUCACACAAAUGUCAGGCGUUCGCAAGCGUGUCAUGCGUUACAAAAAUUUCCAAUGAAAUUAUACUUUUAUUUCACAAGCACCUAGAUUAAUUUGGCCAACACUUAUGCCUGCUAACAACAGAGAAUGGGACUGGACUGCUAUAACGGGGGCGCUCCUGGCGUUCACGCUGCCCUUGACCUUGCUGGUGCCCGACUUCUCGUUGUGGACGGUAGUUCCUAAAGUGCAAGUGACUCGUUUCCACAUCCUCGCCCAGCACCUCACUUGGUCGCAGUUAAAUACUGCCAUUAUUACCCUAGUAUUGUUGCUGUUCUUUAUUCAUCUUGAGAUAAGAAAGCGAAAGUUGGAUGAAAUGGUAGAGAGGGUGAUGCUAGUAAGCCAAGCUGCGGACAAGACAGUAGAAGAAGAGAGCGGUAAGCAGGCGGGGGCCAUGCGCGCGUGCGUUGAGCUGCUAGACGCAUCUGCCGAACAGUACGAGCACCUGGUACUGCUGCGUCAAGAGCUGGGCCAGCGACAGCGUAAGCAGGGCCCGCCUGGCAUUGACAGCUCGCAAGACAUUAACGAAUAGAAAUGUCCCUAAACGCCACUUCACCCUCAUUGACAUUUGUUGUCGCGAACCGUUCCAUCAUUCGUGUCCAAACACAAACACGAAAUAUCACAUUGAUAUUAUCCCGGCACAAAUCUGUAUAGUGGUCGAAUGGAGCAUAUUUGUGGGUGAAGAGAAUGGCCCUCGAGCGGCGGGGGUCCGGCGUUCAACGGUCCUUGUGCCUUAAUUUAAUAAUCGCAUUUUGAACAUGACGCUAAACCCACAUAGCUGAACGGCGCGAGUUACUGUGACAGUUUCCAUGAACUGUAUGCGUGUAUAAUAAAGUUCAAUCUCAUUGAUCUGCAGUGCCAUGAUUGCUUGUAGUAUAGCAUAGGACAUCGAUGCGACAGUCUAUUACUGCUUUGCCUGAUUGUUUAUCUCUGAGUACAGAGAAGGUGUGGGAUCCAGAGGGAUUAAAGGUAAUAUUAUUUACAGUACAUAUGGUGAUACUUUACCGCACUAGUGCGAUAAUUAGCACAUUAUGUAAUCACGUCGAAAAUAUAAAGGACCAUAAAUACUGUAAAACGGGGUUAUUCCCACUAGUUACCACCAAGUUGUUACCAGUGGCAACUGUGUUACUCGUAUUGUUAAACAUUGUCAUAAUAAGUGCUUUUUUAUUGCGUAACUUGUAUUGUUUUUAAGUUAGCUAUUUAUAAGUUGUCUUUAAGUAAAAUUUCUGUAGUUUCUUAGAUAGUAAAGUUUCUUUAAACCGAACUACUGGGAUUUUUUUCCCACGUUUUACCACUGGGAAUAAAAUCCCAGUAGUUACAGUCAAGUGCAAAAAUAUGUAUCGAAAGAAUCGUCUCAUAAAUAUGGUAAUACGCUCUUAUUACACUGGAAUAAGAUGCUAUGGGACAUAUUUUUGAGUAAGAUGUGUACACCCACAUUUUUACACUUGACUGUACCACCAACUUUUAAGGUAGUUUACUGAAACACUAAUCGUCUUAUAAUUAUUUAUUAAAGCACUCUUUAUUUAUACUAUACUAUUUCUAUUGUGUUUAUUAGUAUUCAAUUAAUCUCAAACAAAAUUUUAGUGGUUGCCAACCAAACCUAGUUGAGUUACCACUGGUAACAACUUGGUGGUAACUAGUGGGAAUAACCCGAAAAACGUAUGAUACAAGUGCAAAUUCGAGUGUUUUAAUUUAUCGCCACUUGUUGCAGAUUCUCUAUUUUUCGCACUUGUAUCGUAACUAUAAUAAUCCUACAUUUAGUAAAUUAUAAUUUAUAGAAAUAGGGGAAGAU